AAUGUUGAAAUGUUCACUGAUUUAUUUGUCUUUUUAUGUAAAUGCGUCAGCAUUAGAUUCGGUAAAACUUGGGAGGGAGAGUUGGGAUAAUGCACAAUAGCCAGAGUCAAAGAAAAUGUUACUUCGUCAAUUUUGAAAAACAGGCCUCUGGAGUGACAGUACAUGAUGAAGUUAUUAAGGUCUUCAAUGACAUGAAAGUAAGAAAAUCAUCAUCACCAGAAGAAGUCAAAAAAAGAAAGAAAGCAAUAUUAUUCUGCCUUAGUGAUGAUAAAAAACAGAUAAUUGUGGAGGCAACCAAAGAGAUUUUGGUGGGUGAAAUUGGAGAAACUGUGCAGGAUCCCUACACAUCUUUCGUUCAGUUGCUACCUCAGACCGACUGUCGUUAUGCUUUGUAUGAUGCCACAUACGAGACAAAAGAAUCCAAGAAAGAAGAUUUGGUAUUUAUAUUCUGGGCUCCAGAAAGGGCAUCCCUUAAAAGCAAGAUGAUAUAUGCUAGCUCAAAGGAUGCUAUUAAAAAGAAAUUUACAGGUAUUAAACAUGAAUGGCAAGUUAACGGAUUAGAUGAAAUUCAGGACCGUAUAGCACUUGCAGAGAAACUGGGAGGCAAUGUGGUGGUUUCACUUGAAGGAAUAUCCUUGCAUAAUGACAAUUGAGUGCCAUCUUGACCCAUGGAGCUUCCAUUUCUGCAGCUCUAUCAUUUGAUCAAAAGUUGGAAUAGUUUAGUUUUUUUUCCACGUAAAGGAGAUCUCAUUAACUUAAGCAGCCAACCUGCGGUUGCCCUUAGACUGUUUGAUCCCAGUAGUUUUUACGUAGAAUCUCAAGGAAUGCUUUCACGUCAUUCAUUCUAGCCAAAACAGUUGUCGUUGCAUGCAUUCCUUGUUUCUUGUACAAUGAAUGUGAACGUUUGUGAGUAGUUUAGAAACACUAAGUAUAAGCUUUUGAAAACCUUGAGAGUAUUGUCCACUGGUCAGGUGGUAGCCAUUAAUUCAGUAUUGUAAUUGAAGUUGCACUUGAUCAUAGUUCCAUGAGGCUCUUGUGCAUUCAUAACCCACUCCUGCCUUGAUAGCCUAGUUUUGUGUCAUGGCAGCAUAUGUUCUACACUAUGCAUCAAAGCACUUUUUGUAACAUUUUUGUUUUUUAAAAAAAAAUUUAAGGAAUGCCAACCAAGUUUCUGUAGUUGUAAUUGCAUCAUCAGUGAAUUGUAGCUCUUGCGUUUUCAUUCCUGUUGUGCAGACCUUAAGGAAGGAGUUGUUUAUGUUGCCUUUUGUUUCCAGUGGAAUGUACACUACUGAAGAAGAAUGGGAGUCAAUGUUUACCAUGUUAGUUUUUUCAAACAUUGAAACAGACAUGCAAAAUCAGUCAUGAUGGCAGUUACUGUAUACUAGAGCCUUAAAUGGAACAUUGUUUUUGAGAUCAGAAAAUUGGCCACGCUUACAAUAAAAAUUGUGGCUUAUG